AUGGAUCGAUUAACUCCUCCUCCUCCGCCACCGCCUCCGCCUCCUCCUUCUCCGACGCCUCCGCUACCUUCUCCACCUUCCUCGCCGGAGCAGCAGAGGACGCUGGUGAAUUCACCUCCGGCUUUGGGAGAAGAGACUCAGGCACCUCAGGCUCCGAUCUCCAGUCAAGAUUGGAGGCGCUUGAUUCGAAGUGUCGAUGACAUACACCAACGAAACGAUUACUUACAAGAACAGCUGGAGUACUAUCAUUUCGAGCAGCAGGACGAGGGGGAGCGCGAGGCAGAGGCUGUGGCUGAGUUCGAGCCGUUCUCGGCGGUAGUACGGGAAGUUGCAAUUCCGGAUAAUAUGAAUAAUAUUUUCCUGGAGACAUACAAUGGGAAGGCUGAUCCCAAGGAACACCUGCUAUAUUUUAACAUGAAGAUGGUAAUCAGUGACGCUUCCGAUGCUGUAAAGUGCAGGAUGUUUCCGGCUAUAUUCAAGGGAACUGCCAUGGCAUGGGUCACAACCCUACCCCGAGGAUCAAUCAUGAAUUUCCGUGACUUCUCAUCCAAGUUCCUCGUCCAGUUUUCGGCAAGUAAAACCAAGCAAGUGACAAUUGAGGAUUUGUACAAUGUGCGCCAGUCCGAAGGCGAGACUCUGAAGCAGUAUGUGAAACGAUUUAGCGCCGCGUCGGUGAAGAUUGAGGAGUCAGAGCCAAAUGUCUGCGCCCGUGCCUUCAAGAACGGUUUGCAGCCUGGAAAACUGAAUAGAAAAUUAAGUCGCAAGCCCGCCCGGUCAAUGGCGGAGGUUCGAGCGCGGGCAAACACCUACAUACUCUACGAGGAGUAUGAUGCUUUUAAGCGAAGGCGCGCGAAGGUAGAGAAAGAUGGUAAUAAGAGGGAUGCAUCGCCAGAGAACAAGCCGAGUAAGGAGAGAACGGAAGGAAGCAAAAGGCGAGACCGGAAGGUGCGUGCGAGUGAAAAAGUGCCGAGGGAACCGUUGUAUCCCAAAAAGGAAAAUUUUGAGCGUCGCCGACCCUGGCAUCAAGCCGAUUCUCGCUGGCGAGAGGAGCCAGGGAAGAGUUUGAGUGUGCACCUGACGGAGCUUCUGCGUGAGAACGAGAUCGAGAUCGAGAGGCUCAUCCGAGCGAGCCGUUCACAGUUGAGUGAUCAUGGUGAUCGCUGGAGCGGAGAGCGGCAACGAGGAAACCGGUAUAAUAGGGCCUGCCAGCAAGAUGAUCGUAAGCGAGAGGAUCGCCGCCGUACCCCAAACGAUGACAAAAAGGAAACACUGGCCACACAGAAAAAGGGUGCGGAGGAGACCUUUAAUAAGGACCUCGAGCCGCCGGUUGGGACGAUAAAUACGAUUGCAGGUGGUUUCGGUGGAGGCAGGGAAUCGACUUCGGCGAGGAGAAGACACGUCAGGGCAGUAACGUCGGUACAGCAAUAUGAGACCCCUUUCGGCUUCCAGCACCCAGAUAUCGUGAUAUCGUCGGCGGAUUUUGAUGGAAUAAAGACGCACAAGGACGAUCCAGUGGUUGUCAUGAUAAGGAUAAAAGCUUCAAUGUGCGACGAGUUCUUCUGGAUCAGGGAAGCUCUGCUAACAGGGAUUAACGGGGAUGCGUUUGACUAG